AUGGGAUUAUUUGGAGGAAGCAGAAAACAUGGUGGCAUUUUUACAUUUAAUAAAGAUGAUGGUUAUUUAGAAGCAUUGUUGCGUGGUUUUAGAAAGGGUAUUCUUUCUCAUGUAGAUUAUACUAAUCUUAGACAAUGUGAAAAUCUUGAAGGUAAGAAGAAACAACAGGAAGAACAAAAAGACAAAGAGAGAUUUAAUAUCAAGUUACAUCUAUCUCAGACAGAUUAUGGAGAUUUCUUGUCUGGGGAACCAGCACCAUUACAAACAGCAACGAUAGAGGAAAAGGCAACUGCAAAAAUGGUAGAAGAAUUUAAUCAAAUUAGAAAUCAAGCAGUUGAACCAUUAUCUACAUUUUUAGAUUACAUUUGUUAUGGUUAUAUGAUUGACAAUAUCAUUCUACUGAUUACUGGUACAUUACAUGAAAGAGAUGUAUCUGAAUUAAUAUCCAAGUGUCAUCCACUUGGUAUGUUCAAAUCAAUGGCCACUCUUUCUUUGGUUCGUAAUACUACCGAUCUUUACAAUACGGUUCUUAUCGAUACUCCACUUGCCCCCUAUAUCCAAGGUUGUCUUCAUGAAGAAGAUCUAGAUGUAUUAAAUAUUGAAAUCAUUAGAAAUACUCUAAACAAAGCUUACCUUGAAGAUUUCUACGCCUAUUGUAAUGAAUUGGGUGGUCAAACUAGUUUAAUUAUGAAUGAUAUUUUAAAAUUUGAAGCAGAUAGAAGAGCAAUUAAUAUAACAAUUCAUUCAUUAAAUUCAAAUGAAUUGAAUAAAGAUGAUAGAGAAAAAUUAUUCCCAACGAUUGGACAAUUGUAUCCAGAGGGAACCAGUAAAUUGGCAAGAUGUGAAGAUAUAUCUCAGGUACGCCAAAUCCUAGAGGUCUACUCAACCUUUAGAAACCUACUCAGUGAAGGUGUCGUCAGUGGUGAUCUAUCACUUGAAACUUCAUUCCAAAAACAUGAAGUACAUCUUAAUCGUAUGGCUUUUGAAGAUCAAUAUGGUUAUGGUGUAUUCUAUGCCUACUUUAGAUUAAGAGAACAAGAAAUUAAAAAUAUUAUUUGGAUCUCUGAAUGUAUCCUUCAAAAUAUGAAAUCAAAAAUUGAUCAAUAUGUUCCAAUCUUUUAA